AUGUCGAACCCAAUAAAAGCACUGAAUGAACAUUUUUAUUAUAACACAAGACUCGCGAAAGCACUACAGCAGCUUUUAAAUCCCAGUGAAAGAAAAAUGAUACAGACGUGGUUUGAUAAAUUAAUAGAUAUGGAUAAAACAACGGAACAAAUGGUCAUAAGGAGUGACUACAUGUGGUUUAUCCUGUUAAUGUUGCAGAGCAAAAAAAUUAGGGAACCCUUUAAUAAACUACCACCACCUCAGUUAGUUCCCUUAAAGAAGUUUGUGCCUUUGCACGUGUAUGAAGAUGUACUAAUUCUGAAUGAGCCCAACAUGGUAUACAUAGACAGAAGGAAGAAACGACCUUCACUGACGGAUGAUUCUGCAAACACUACCUCUUGUUCUACACUGGAUCAACAUUUGUAA